UUCUUGUGCGCUUAUUAUCAGAAUGAUGAGUCUAUCGCGAAGAGAGAUACUACUCUGAACAAUGUCAAGGCUAUGUACAACCGAUUUGUAAGCACGUCCAUAGGAAAGGUCAGUGCAGCUCUAUUAUCAAGUCUUGAAAUUUAUAAGUUUUAAUAAUCUCUUGGUGUGUAAGAAUCUUUGUAAUAAUAAUAUUCAAAAAUUUAUAUUGAGCAGUUUACAUGACGUGGUGAACAACUGCGCAUUACACGGAUAAAAGAAUAGAAUAACUAAGAAAAAAAGAAAACUUACAUCAAGUUUAAAAGUUUAAAAGUCUAAUAGUUAAAAAGGCUAAAGGUAUAAAGUUAAAAAUAGAUAUUAUAAAUAAUAAAUAAAUAAAUAAGUAAAUAAAUAAUGUCACAAUGCACUUAUCUUACCAAGAAAAAGCCCUGCUAAAAAAUAAGUCUUUAAACGUUUUUUAAAGUGGUCAACAGAUGUAGCCAUUCUAAUUUUAAAAGGCGGACUGUUCAAAGGUUUAGUUGCCGAGGCAACAAAAUUACGGCCGCCCAAGGUAGUUGAAGUUUUAAAAUUUGGUUGUGACAGCAGUAUUCCGCUGUCAGACAGGAAACCAUAUCUAGUUUAACAAGAUCAUUAAUAUAAGAAGGGGCUAAACCAUGAAUUGCUUUGAAAGUUAAAAGUAAAAUCUUAAAAUUUAUGCGAAAUGAAACAGGUAACCAGUGUAAUUGAAGACAAGUUUUGAACUCUCUGUAACUUGGCAAGUUGAUACUUAAUUAGGUUCGAUCAUAUAAUAGACUAUUACAGUAGUCUAUUCGCACCGUAAUUUUUAGGGAGUUAUUGUAACUCCAAAAAUGGAGUAAAAAUUUUAGGUACAGGAUAACCCCUUUUUUGGGGUUAUUUUAACUCCUAAUUUAACUCCGAAUUUGGGGUCAUUUUUACUCCUGAAAAAGAGUUCUUUUUACUCCCAGUCUGGAGUUAAAAUCACUCCGAACUGGGGUUACUUGUGCUACUUACAUGGGUUGUUUUUACUCUUUUUGGAGUUAAUUUAACUCUGAAAGUGGAGUAAAAAUUUUAGGUACAGGAUAACUCCUUUUUUGGAGUUAUUUUAACUCCUCAAUAUCUGGGUUUACUUUUACUCCUGAAAAAGAGUUCUUUAAACUCCUUUUUGGAGUUAAAAUAACUCCACGAAAAAUAACUCCACUCUAAGGAGUUAAAUUAGCCCCACUAGAGGAGUUAUAACUCCCUGAAAAUUACAGUGCGGCUACCAACGAAAUAGUGAAAAAGAGUUCUGGAGGUAUCCAUUGAUAGGUAUUUCCGGAUGCGAAAGUAAAUUGGUCACCGAACCACGUACCCAAAUUCCUUACGAUAUUCACUUUGGCGACAUCACAAUCCGCUACCCUGAUGGAGUUAACAGCAGUCUUUUUUAUUGAUGUCGUGAUGCUAUUGCAAUAAAUUCGGUUUCAUUGAGCAUAAGUUUAUCGGAUCAAAGCCAGUGCUUGACAUCCCCGAUACAGGUUCCUUUGACCUGACUGCCUCAUCUUGACUAGAAGUGAAGUCUUGAGAAAUAAUUUAUCACUCCUGAAGAUCAUUACUCUAAUAAAACACGGAGCUAAAGCCGGCGCGCCAUCUUUCAAUAGUCUACUUAAAAAAUUAGAAGUAACGCAUUCGGAUUUAACGGAUUCUUUAUCAUAAAACAAACAAAGAAGCCUUGACUGUGCUCUGUUCUGUUGUAAAGCACUUAGGAAGCGACUGGAACACUCAAGAAAUAGGGACAAACACUCGGCUACGACUCGUGCUUCCGCCAACACUUCUUUGUACUCUUACCAUUUCCUAAGCGUGCUUUACAACAGAACAGCGCAAAGCCAACUUGUUUUUCUUUUUGCUAACUAUCAAACAACCAGGCAAGAUAUGUGAAAGGAGCAAAAAACGCGUGUUCAUUAUUGGACUUGCCUCCAUCUGUUGCCAAGACACCAGGGAUGCUUAAGGUUGCUGCCUCCAAAGAUGAUUUCCAGUCGUCACUGGGUUGUGGAGUUUGCUUAAUGAUAAAUGGCAGUGGCACACCCGCUGCCGCUGACCUGGCUGGUGCCCCACCUGUCAAAGGAACUUUGAACGCUAUUGUGGUCGACCAGGACGACACUAUAAGCCAAGGUAUACUAUCGCCUAUUACUUGUUUUUGAAGGGACUUUUACAACUAUUUUGAUUUUAAUUCUACAAUCCUAUUUGAGUAGAUAAAGUAAUCAUGCAACGAGGAAUAAAUUUUCUGCGCAAAAUAUAUUUAUCGGGCGUUAAUUUCCACUGCGUGUAAUGUUGGUCUGCUGGUCUGCCAGUAGUGGGUGCUUGUGAUUGGUGCAACAUGGGCCUCACUCGUGUUAGUGGUUCUAGAUCCAAAGUAUUGUGGGCAUUGUUUUUGGAAAAAAAUUGUUUCUUCAGCGGACCACUGACCAAUCUCGAGCACCAUACAUCGCUUUAAGAAGACCUACAGAAAAAAUACUCGAAAAAUUGGAAAGCUUAUGCAAAUUUGUUGACCAUCGCAAUAUAUAAAAAAAGGAGAAAUAUUGCCUCAUGCCAACGCAUAUAGAAAAAGUUAAAAAAGAAAUAUGACCGACUUUCACAAUUUACAUGCAUUCCAAUUCUUGAUAGCAUCCUAACUGAUAAUAUACGAAAAUUAAAUGAAACGUUUAUUAUGAUGUCGACACGAUUAAAGAUUAAAUUUCCAUGGCCACAAAAACCAUCAGGGACUCGAGUUUUUUUUUCACGUCUAGACUUGUCAAAUCGGAGAAUAUCUCAUUUAACCAAGCUCUAAAAUUCACCAUCCUUCAUUAUGUAUCGUUUCCCUCACAUUUGUACCCUGAGGUGACAGCUGACAUAUUGCGACUCCACCACUGGGUUCCCCACGAAGGAAAUGACGUCUCAGAGACCAGCACAGAAUUUCCAUAUUGAUGACGUGUCACUACCCUGAUGUGAUUUUACUGAAGCAAAGUUUUAGUCAACGAGGAGCACUACCCAUAUUAGUGAUACGCCAUCAGUAGGGAAUUUCUGCGCCCUCCUAAGACGUCAUUUCACUGGAAAGCCAGUGAUGAAGUCACGAGAAAAUAUUGGCUGAGUUCUGUCAUGUUUGACACCUGCAGGAGACUUGGCCCUUCUCCCUCCACAGAGUGGAAGCGGAUUGUGGCUUAUCGCUUUCAAAGCUGUUGACUGCCCUACAGGAAAAGGUCCUACAGGAUUCAUCCAGUUUCGUUUUACUGGCAGCAAUGAAAUGUACUUCAAACUGCAAGCGUCGAACGCAAAGUAGGUUGAUUGGCUUUGUUCAUCUUGUAUUUCAUGGUCAUUGUGUGCUAUCUAUGGUGAAAAUUUGACCAAUACUGCUGGGGUUCGAUCUUAUAAAACUUUUACAAGUGUGAUUUACAAGCGGAGCUAUUUUUAUUAAGCUUUAAAAACCAUACUUACACUUAAAUUACACUUGCAAAGUUUUUGUUAAAUUUAGCCUUGAUCUUUAAUAACAUUCCGUGCUUAAGUACCUUGAGUAGCACCAUUAUUGAUAGCGAUGGCGUAUUCCAAUCCACCUUACCGGUACUCAUUGUUGGGUAUUUCUGUUACCACGCUUACAAAAGAAGCAAUGGAUUUUCAUUUUCAAGCAAAUAUAUCUGAUAAACAGUCAAGGAUGAAAAUCCAAUUGUUUCAGCACUGCUUUGGCGAUCUUUAUUUCAUCUCCCUACUCAUGGUGGGAUUUUCUGGUUCUCCAUUUCAUACAAAGGACGGAAUAUAGGUAGUUAAAAACCAGGGUAUAAUCCAUCUGCUAAAACAAACGUAGGUUUUUUUUUUUAAGAAUUAAAAAAGUAUACAGUUAAAACUAAGAUUAAUGGAGAGCUUACUUCCAAAGGUUUCUUGGAAAUAUGAAAAGUGGCAUUUCGAGUUUACAUGUAUAACAAUCGUAUCCAUUUUGUUAUUUGGUCAAUUACUGUGUUUUUAGAGUUCCUGUUGCGGGUAUCGAAGCCUUUGAACGAGUGAAAGGAAACUGGAUUUGUCUGAAAAAAACUUCCGACAACUUUUUCUCAAACGAAGGAGAAGGAGCUAUUUCCUUCCCGCUCAAGAUUCGUCUUACAAGUAUCAUGAAUGAGCAACUACAAGCAAGUAUCCACGCUUUGAAAAAUGAUAUCGCUAUCAAAUCGGACCUACAAUUCUCGGACACCGUGGGUUUGAGAGGUGAGAAGCAGAAAUGACGGUAAAAGCACUGGUUUUGUCUUAGGCUCAAUCACACAUCGUUUUGUUUAAUUUCAUUGCCACAGUAGAGGUAAAUCAUUCCUUAGAUGCAUUUGAUCAAAUAUGCCAAUAAGUUAACGGUAUAAACCAUCAAUUUUACGACUUUUAUACAAUAUUAUUGUAAAUGAUCAUGAUUUGAACCCCGAAAUCAUUUAAUAAGUAAGCGUUUCCUUCCUCUCAUAAAUUAUGACUGAAUUGAUUUUUUUUAUUUUUUUGCUUAAAACUGUUUCAUGAAAAAAAGAAAAAGGAAAUUCUCCGCUUUCUGGGAUGCGAUAGCAUUUGUUCCUAUGCCAGCUAAUAGCUUGCGCUUUUUACCACGCAGGUGAUUAGUUCAUCACAAUUCAAUUUAUUCUACUAAUAAGUUUCAAGUCUCGCUGUACACCAUUUUCUGUGUCUUAAAAAAAAUAUCAUUUUGGUUGAUUAAAAUCAGUUAACGUGACAAAAAAAUUAUUUAAUGCUGAUAUACAUUUUUCCACAGGAGGAUCUCCAGAGAAAAUAAAGUGUUAUGGUCAAGGCAACAGACCAUCUUCUGAUAAAGGUGCGAAAUGACUUUGAUACUAAGACGGAAAGCUUUUGCACCGGCACGAAAAUGAAAAUACGGGAUAAGCCUUUUGUUCACACAUAAAAACGCUGAUCUCGGCAGAAUUUAGAUAACGGAGCGAAGCUGCGCCGCGCCGAUCUCUAAAAAGGAGAGUCACGUAUCGGAUUUAGAUGUUUAUACUGUAUCGCGGAUAGCUUUUCUUGUCGGCACGAAAAGCCAGCAGGUAUAGUGUAAAAUAGCGUUAGUUAGUAGCUUAUCAUUCAAGGAAUAUUUAUGUUUCUAUCCAUUCAGACCUUUCUAAUCUAAACUCAUUUUAUUUGCAGAUGUUUGCUGUUCGAUGAAUCCAAAAAAACGAAAUUUUUCUAUGAGACAUAUUUGAGCAACAUUUUACAGAGUUCUGGCCAAACUAAGGCAAUUUGGAUGCUCGGAGUAGUAGUUGUCCCUUUCGUAAACGAUCGCUGCCAUUUUUAAGACACUUAGAAAAUUUUUGACCUGUUAUGAAAGUGUUUCUAUGAAAAAGAAAGAAAAUCGCAACCCAGGGUCGAACCUGGAGCUCGAACCCGGACCUUUCGUAUCCCACCUUCUCCCCCUUGCCACUAAACAACCACACCAACCUGUCAAAAUUCCAAAGAAAUUAAGCCCGGCAUACGCUAGCAAACUGUCUUUCUUAACUUUUUCAUCAAUUCAAUAACAGGUGACCCUAGCCCUUUCCAAAAUUUUUAACGUAAAGUCGACUUGGGCUUCAACUUCGUUCUUUCUAAGACUGUUCAAAAACGUAUUAUUUGCCUUAUUGUAACUUAAUCCCCAGGGAACAUAUUACAUCCAUCAUGACUAACGGCUUGGUUACCAAAGGUGCCAUCGACCGUAAAAAAUGGCAACGACCGUUUACGAAAUAGAAAUAGGCCUCGGAGUAUAUAUUGCGACCCCCGCUGUACUUUUAGAACAAGCAAAUUUGCUGAGGGAGGAGCUUUCAAGAGCCGAACACGAGUUUUUGUUACGCUUUAUUUUCCCAUAAAAUAAGCGUUAACGAAACACUUUGCUUCGUUUUUCCUCUUAUUUUUAGUAUAUAUUAAUAUGUUACCGAUUUAUAUUUCGUCAAAUCUAGCGGCAAUCUAUAGCAAUCUAUCACCGCGGAAACGUUCUUUAAUCUUGAUUCGGCGGCUGAACUCACCUAGUUUCUUACUAACUGUAAACGACGCAUAAUGUUAGAGCAAUAAAUCACCGCAUAACAUGUUACAAGAGAAUCGUAACAGUGUUGCGAAUAGUCUCUCGCCAUCUUACACGCGUCUAUUUUUUUUGUUGCUUUCAUAAUUGAAAUAGUAUGUAAGUGAUUAUUGUUAGCAGAUAGUUUUGGUUGUUUUAACAGGUCAUGUGCCAUUUUGCGUUUCCAAAGAAGAUGGAAUUUAUGCGGACCCAAUUGACCAGGCGGCGUUUUACAUGUGCGAAGGCAAAAAGACAACCAAAAAGUUGUGUCCAUGGGGUCUGUUGUUUAACCCGAUGAUCUCGGUUUGUGAUUACCCUGAAAAUAUGAAAUUUGUUUGGUUUGAUCCUGAGGCGGGUACUGGUAGAAAAAGUAAGUCCAAAAAGAUUACUAGGGGCAAGUCUUUACCAGGUAACGCUGGCAAGUCUGUUGGGGGACUGGAAGAGAAUGAGAAGCAUAAAGAUAGAGCGUCUGCUCUAAACAAACAGAAACCCCAUAAAGUAUUCUCUAUCAACAUUUUCAAAGGCGAUCAUGCAGCACCAAAAAUUGGCACAGAAAAUGAAACAGUGGAUCAGGAUAAAGAACAGAGUAACGCUAAAAAACCACAUCCUUCAGCCGCAAAAGAACUAUUUCGAUUUCAUACGCAGAACACAGCAAAUCAUUCUAUGCUUCAAAAUAAGUCACGCAGUAUUCCGGAGAACAUGAACCAAACCUUAAAGGAUAUUUUGCAAUUUUCUGACGAAAAGCUACGAGAGGAAACUACAUCAAAUUCUCUUCCCCAACGAUUUUUGAGUUCUGGUAAAAGCUCAAGUUUCUCCCCUCGAAAGAUGUUCGCGAUAAAUCUUUUCGGGUUGAAAUCAAAAGAUACGCUAAAUGACAUGCAAGUUACAAACGAAAGCGCAGGACUUGUGGGGCAACCAAGUGAAUUAUCAAGACAAUUCGCGGACGAACAAGUUUUCUCUCACAAAGUCCCCGAGUCACCUCUCUACACUCAAAAAAAUGAUACAAAUGUUUCAAAUAUUUCUGAGAUCAUUUCCGAAAAAGAUCAUCAUCAUCAUCAGCUUACUAAACAGAUUGAAGAUCUUGGGAACAAGCGACCUGAAAAUAAGUUGCCAGCAGCAGCUGACGCUAUGCCUUCCCCACUGCAUUUAAAACUCAAGGUUCAAAUGGAUCACAGCGGACAACAACCCGCCCUAAACUGUACUCUAUCAGAGUGCUCUGAAAUGCAAAAUGGCUUACCAACGCCUUCGAAAUCCAUUGCAGACUCUAUUGACAAUUCUGGCUCACAGGGAAAUAAGACCGAUGGCGAAUUUCACAUUGUCUUAAACGCAGCAGGAUCAGAUACAUUAAACGGUUCUAUAACUCCGGGCGUGAACAUCAAAGUUGCGGAUUUGCAAGAAGUACUUCCCUUGAUGACGCAGGGAGACCACUUUCUAGAAGACACCUCUCAACCUCAAAAGUUGAAUAAAACACUAACGACGUUUACCCAGGACUUCAGGGAUAACACAACAUCAAAACUAACAGCUGCAAGCCAAGACAAAAAUGAUUUAAAAGUAGAAAACAUUGAAGAAGAACAGCCAAUGAUUCAGGGAGAAAACUAUACUACAAGCAACAAAAUACUUCCACAAAAUUCUUCGACCUCUGAGCAUUUUAAUGAAGGCAAUGAUUUUUCAGUGUCACGGAUCCCUUUGGGUAAAAAGUAUGAAGGUAAUAUGUUGCAAAACACGCAUCCCAUUCCGGAGAAGGAAAAUGUUGUCACUCUAGAUCGACUUCAUAUCAAUGAAGUUAACCAAGGGGAAAACAGUGAAACUUUUGAUCUUAGACUUAAAAAUAACCCACGCCAAGAUUCCUCGUCCAACAACAAUGAGCCUCAGAGAUACACACAGCAAAAGAACCAAAGCUUUUUACAAGCUCACAGGACACCUCCAGUAAAUCAACCGCAGCUGAAAAUUAUACUGAAAAAUCCUGGAAAACUCGGUUUGUUGUUUAAAACUGAUAGCGCUCAAUUAAAAAAGAGGUCUAGUGCAAGGAGCCAUACGAUGCAAAUUCUUAAAAGCCUGAUGAAGAAAACGCUCAAUUUGGAAGCAAGAAAGGCGCAUGAAGGUUUAAAGUUGUCAAAUGCAGUUAAAAAAUCAACGAGCGGUAAAGCAUCUCAAUCAGUUGAUGACUUGGAACACAUCAAAGACAGUGGCAGUAUUGCACAGAGCAUCUUAGAAGCCAACAAAGAGUACCUUGAUGAUGUUGCUAUGCAGGGAAUGAUUUUCAGUGACGGAGAUCCUGACACUGAAAAUAUGGCUGAAAUUGCAGAUUCUAUUAAACAAGGCCAUAAUUUCCUAGAGCAUACUUCGGAGUUUUCGCAGUGGGGAGACAAAAAUGGCGUGCAAGACGUUUCAAGUUCAGAUCAGACUGCUGACAAACAAGAUGGAAAGAAUAAUAAGGAUCUUAUGCAGCAAGAUAAAAAUGAGGAAGGUGAGGUUAUACAUUUGUUUUCCUUCUUCAUUUUUUUGUCUCUAAACAUAGUAAACGGCUCGCAUCCUAGAGUCACCUAGUUACUAAUUAUGAGUGAAUAUAUAUGAUCUUCAGGAUGAGCGCGUGUUGUUUUUUGUUGUAUUCAUUUCUUAGUUUGCCGUAAUCAGGUUUUGUUCUACUUUAUAAGGUUGUCACAAUAAUAAGUCACAAUAAUAUUCGUCGUCUGUUAGUUAAUUCUUGAUGUUAUUGGUUUUUGAAAACUCUACAUGUGAGUAGCACUGAUCAUAAUUUUGAUGUAUCUUUUAUCAUGGUAACCUCGGUUAUCGCCACUUAGUUGGCCACAAGGUCAACAUUGCAGGUCUUUUAGGGAUUUUAUAGGGAUUAUAUAUUAACUUAUUACGCUUUCAGGUCCUUCUACAAGUGCAGAGGUUGACAACAACAAGAACAAAACUUCCACUCUGAAGCCUUCCAAGAUGGAAACGUCUCCGGGAUUGGACGGAUCCCGAGUGUUUAUGAACAAUAAAGACGCCUUGACUGUUACUGUUGAUCACCCUAAAGAAUGGGAAGUCAUUCCAUACAAAGGAGGGAAAGUGAAGUCUACGGCUGAUCCG